AUGUGUGUGACUUUCAUCUCAUCUUCUGGAGGUCUUGCGGAGAAAGGAAUCACUUUGAAUGGCUGGAUUUUUGUAGAUAAUGAUGCAUAUAUGUGUUUUCUUUUUUUAAUCAUGUCGUAUUAACUUCAUAGGAGUCAUGCAUAACUAUUUUGGAGCUUGUUUCUUAAUUUUGACGUUUUGGACUGAGGUGUGCCAGUCGUCGGGUUAUUUGGAGCUCCAGUUGAUCAGCGUGGAGAAUGACAGGGGUGAGCUCGCGAAUGGAAACUGCUGUGACGGCGCACGGAGCGCGCAAAACGGUUUGUGCGACCAGGACGAAUGUGACACGUACUUGAGAGUGUGUCUAAAGGAAUACCAAGUGGAGGUCACCACAUCUGGCUUAUGUACGUACGGCACUGGAAGCUCGAGCGUGGUCGGAGGGAAUACGUUUCAGUUGAAAGGAUUCAAUGGAAACCCAAGCAAGGCCAAUGACCUCGGGACCGUUAUCAUCCCCUUUCAGUUCGCCUGGCCGCGAGCGUACACUCUGAUCGUGGAGGCUUGGGACUGGGACAACCAAACGAUCCCAGACAGCAGUGAGUGUAAGUAUGGCUGGCAGGGCCUACUGUGCGAUGAGUGUUUGCCGUACCCGGGCUGUGUGCAUGGCACUUGUGUGAAACCCUGGACCUGCACCUGUGAGAAGAACUGGGGAGGACUUCUGUGUGACAAAGAUUUAAAUUACUGCGGCACACACAAGCCCUGUGUAAAUGGAGGCACGUGUCUGAAUACAGAGCCAGAUGAAUAUUUCUGCUCCUGCCCUGAGGGUUACUCCGGCAAAAACUGUCAUAUCGCCGAGCAUGCGUGCAUGUCAAACCCAUGUGCAAAUGGCGGGACAUGUCAUGAGCUGGCUUCAGGGUUUGAGUGCCAAUGUCCCCCAGGGUGGGACGGCCCAACUUGUGCUAAAGACAAAGAUGAGUGCUCGUCAAACCCGUGCGCUCAUGGGGGGACCUGCUUUGAUCUGGAGAAUGGCUUUGAAUGUUUAUGCCUCCCACAGUGGACCGGCAAGACCUGUCAGAUAGAUGUGAAUGAGUGUACGAGGAGACCUUGUCUAAAUUCUUACGCUUGUAAAAAUCUAAUUGGUGGAUAUCAUUGCAACUGCUACCCGGGCUGGGCGGGACCGAACUGUAAUAUCAAUGUCAACAGCUGUUACGGUCAGUGUCAGAAUGGAGGAACCUGUCAGGAUGGUCGUCAUGGUUACGUGUGCCAGUGCCAGCCGGGCUUCAUGGGAAGACACUGCGAAGUGCAGCAAAGCAGGUGUGCUAGCUCCCCUUGCCAGAAUGGUGGACGCUGCCGUUCGCUAGCCACAGGUUAUGAGUGUGAGUGUCUGUACGGAUACACCGGAACCAACUGUGAGGUGCAGUUGGAUCUGUGCAGUCCAAACCCAUGUCAGAAUAAAGGCCAGUGUCAUUCUAUGCAGGGAGAUUUUUACUGUGCCUGCACAGAUGAAUAUGAAGGGAAGACAUGUAGUCAGCUACGAGACCACUGCAAAACCAGCACCUGCCAAGUGAUUGACAGUUGUACUAUUGCCGUGACAACCAAUGGCACAGCAAAAGCGGUUCGGCACAUCUUAUCAAAUGUGUGUGGUCCUCAUGGGCGCUGCAUCAGUCAGUCAGGAGGAAACUUCACUUGUGCCUGCCAACCAGGAUUCACUGGGACAUACUGUCAUGAGAAUGUAAAUGACUGUGCAUCAUCUCCUUGUCAGAGCGGAGGAACAUGCAUUGAUGACAUCGACUCCUUUCGCUGUGUCUGUCCUGAUGGCUUUGAUGGGCAACUCUGUGAGCUGGAGGUGAAUGAGUGUAGCGGCGAGCCUUGUCUAAAUGGAGGUAUGUGCACCGAUCUGCUGAAUGAUUUCUACUGUUGCUGCACUGACAACUGGAAAGGAAAGACGUGUAACUCACGAGACAGUCAGUGUGAUUCCAGUACAUGCGCUAACGGAGGUACAUGCUAUGAUCAUGGAGACUCAUUCCGAUGUGCGUGUCCCUCUGGAUGGGGUGGCAGUACCUGUAACACAGCCAUGAACAGCUCGUGUGAAUCUGGUCCGUGUCUAAAUGGCGGGACUUGUAUUGGAGGGGGCAGCGUCUUCACCUGCAUCUGUAAGGAUGGAUGGGAGGGACCUACCUGUGCUCAAGAUGUUGAUGACUGCAGCCCUCAUCCAUGUUAUAAUGGGGGACAGUGUGUGGAUGGGGUCAACUGGUUUCGCUGUGAGUGCGCACCUGGAUUUGCAGGACCUGACUGUCGAAUCAACAUAGAUGAGUGUCAGUCCUCUCCCUGUUCGUAUGGAGCCACAUGUGUGGAUGAGAUUAAUGGAUAUCGCUGUCUUUGCCCCAUGGGACGAGCUGGACCACGCUGCCAGGAGUUUAUUGGUGUUGGAAAGGCAUGCGAUCGCUCUGGGGUGAAGGCUAAUCACGGUGAUCGCUGGGAGGAUGGGUGCAACAGCUGUCAGUGCAUGAACGGAAACAUCAGGUGCACUAAAGUGCAUUGUGGUCGUCAGCCCUGCUUGUUGCAGUCAGACUCUGGUGAGCCACAGCACCCCCUGUGUCCACUAGGACAGGAGUGUGUAGAGCAUCAUUUCCUGUCUUGCCUUCAUCCACCAUGCAAUCAUCUGGGUAUAUGCACCACUCGUGAAGGUCUACAGCCCAUCGGCACUCGGUGCCUACCCAACAAUGGCUACCUAGACGACAACUGUGCUCGUGUUACGCUUGUAUUUGUAUUUGACAGUGUCCCGCAGGGCACUACUGCUGAAGGAGUUUGCACAGAGCUAACGUAUCUGCCAAUCACACGAACUCUGGCUAAAGACCACACCCUUUCCAUUCUUUGUGACCAAUCACCUUCCAGCCAAAAUGCAGUGGAGGUUGCUAUGUCAUAUGAGCAAAACACCUUUGUUGAGGGACGAGCUCAGAUACAGGAUGUUGUCCGCUCCAUCAUUGAUGUUCUGUCCAAACCUCACAACAGCACGUUGCUGUUGGCUGUGAGAGAGGUCAGAGUUGACACUCAGGAUCCACGUCCCCAAGUCGGUUACCUCAUUCCGUUGCUGUGUGUGCUGUUUGUGGUAUUAUGGAUCUCAUGUGUCAUCGUCUGCGUGUGGUGGUUCAGGAGACGCUGGAAAGCGAGACAAAGAGAGGACACGCAGAUAGAGGAGAGCAUCAACAACCAGCGCGGGACACUACUGAGCACUCACACGCCUCACAAAGACAACACAGACCCGCUGCAGGAGAACAAGAACCUGCUUUACCCUCUGGAUCGGAUUGGAGACGGAGCCGAGCGAGAGGAAGAGGAGGAAGAAGGAGAUGAAGAGAGCGACAGAGGGCUGGUUCUGCAUAAGUGCUCAUCUCUUGCGUACACUAAAGGGGACGCAGUGUACACUAUUCACACUACAGCCCAAAAUCAGCCAAACAGGACACACUACAGCAGCAAAGACAACCGCUGCAAGAACAAAGUGAACGAGAGUUUAAGUGAGCACAUGAAAGAUCAUUACGUAUGAAAGAACCAGACAAACUGGACAAAAAUUUAAGUAUUUUUUUGCUGUCUGAUCUGAAAGCUUUUGGGCUUGUGCGAUUGGUGUUUUUCAUCCUUUUUUCAUCAUUGGGUAGUCAAAUGAAACAGGGAUUUGUGUCAGCAAAUGAGACAUUCAAAGAAUGGUUUUCUUUUGUUUACACUUCACUCUUUUUCCUUAAAAAUAAGGACAUUUUUACACAAAGCUGAACUUUGAGAUUAUGUCUGUGAACUGUGGCGCGAGCUUUGACCCUUGGGGCUAAGGAGGAAUCAGCGAUAGGCAGCUUUAAAGUGUUUUUGAUUAUGUCCAGACCUGCCCAAAGUCAAGUGUUAGAAGCCGUUAAAUCUUCCAGAGGUAUAUAUACACAAGUGUCUCAUUGAACCUUCACGAUAGCGCUUACCUUGUAUAUACAUUUCGCAUAAUAAUACACAUAUGUUGGUUCUUGUUUUUGUUAACAAAUUCUAUUGACACACUUAAAUGGGUAGUUCACCCAAAAAAAGAUUCAGUCAUCAUUUACUCACCCUCAUGUUAUUCCAAACCCGUAUGACUUUUUUCUUCUGUAUAACACAAGUUACAUAAGAGUGUAGGAAGUCACUCAAGAACUGGAGCUUUCAAGCUUCAAAAGUGAUGCAAAAGCACAAUAAAAGUAUCAUAAGUGUAUCAUAAAAUUGAUAUGUUACAUUCCAAGUCAUCUGGAGCCAUGUGAUAGCUUUGUGUGAUGAACAGACCAAAAUAUACGUCAUUAUUCACUAAUAGCUCUUCUUUUGUUGGGCUGUUUACCUGUUGUCAGUGAGUGAAAACCAGAUCAUUCAGAGUUGAACUGGAUCAACUGAUUCAUUGAAAAGCUCCAACUCAAAAGAAUCGUUUGUUCAUGAAUCAGAAAAUCUCUAACACUCUCAACAAGGAGAUUAAGGGUGUAUAUCAAUAUUAUGUGAAUAAUGUCUGAAGUUUGUCCUUCACACAAAUCUGUUGUAUGACAUCAGAAGACUUUUUAAAGAGCUUGACAGACUUAGUCCUCAUUCAUUUUUGUUACACAGAAAAGAGAAUGAAACAACAUUUGGAACGACAUGAGGGUGAGUAAAUGAUGACAAGUUUAAUUUUUCGGUGAACUAAGAUACUGUUAAGUAUAAAAGGUUUACUGUUUUAUAUUGAAAUUCACCUUCUUUGGGAAUUGGUACUCGUAGUCCAGACAGUAUGAGUAUUUUGACUGAUAAAGUCUCACUCAGCUCUUGAUGGUUAGAAAUUAUUGGUCAGUUUUUUAUUUUUAUUUUUUUCAAGUGACAGCCAUAUAAACAGAACAGUCAUGAUGUAAAGAAUCAAGGGCCACUUCAGUCAGUGCACUAUUGUGUUGUCGCAAAACUCUUUUUUUUUGGUUUUUGGUCACACAGUAGGAGACAAUGAUUUUAAUUGUUUAAUCACUGAGAGAUAGUUCAUUAUAUUGAAAAAAUAUUCAUAUGUACAUAUGUAAAUAGUGGAAAAAGACAGCUGUGUAUAUUCGAGUUUAGUAAGUUAUGUGACACCUUUUUAUCAUUGUCAUUCUUAGAAUUAUUACUUUUUCUUAUUCUCUCCUUUAGUCGCUCUCCUUUUCAACAGUGUCAUUCCUUUUAUUUAUGUUGGUCAGAAAAUGUUUUAUAUAUAAAUAUGUAAUAAAAUGGCCACAGGUUGGUAGUCUAUCUGUGGAGACAAAAAAUACUUUAAUACUUUUCUAUCUUCAUGUUAGAAUAGAUUUUCUGUGUUGUUUUUAUGACUUUCCUAAUGAAUGUCGACUAAGGAUUGGACACAUUGACCAUGCUGAAAGAAUGUUUUGCCACUGAUCAAAUGCUGACUUCUUCUGAAGGUCUACAGUACUUCAUUGGAGAAAGACUCAAAGACUUCAAAGAAAUAUGCUGCAUGUUUGAGUGGCACUUUGUUUCCUUGGAAAAGUCCAACACCUGCAUUUUCAAGAAGCUGGAUGUUGGAAGACUUUGGAAGAUUUUU